ACCCAGGCAAGUCAGCCCUUUUCUCAGAACAGGGGAAGUUUUUACCAGGACAGAACAUUCCAGCCGUCCUUGAAGAGGAGAUUCCGUGUGUCAACACCCACCUACAUGCUUGAAUGGUCCUUUGGUGAUUUUGGAGAUUCCUGAUAUAAUUGUCUGAAUGACUUGAACAGACAAACAGUGAGCCACAGUGAACACCAGAGAGAUUUUUUUAGGGAGUUUGAAAAUAGAAAGUUUGGAGACAUGGCGGCUUUCGGUCUGGAGUUAGUGGGAGUCACGCUCUCGGUUCUUGGCUGGCUUCUCAGCAUUGUGUGCUGUGCUUUGCCCAUGUGGAGGGUCACCGCGUUCAUCGGUAACAACAUUGUCACGGCGCAGGUUUACUGGAAGGGAAUCUGGAUGAGCUGUGUGGUUCAGAGUACUGGACAGAUGCAGUGUAAAGUCUACGACUCCAUGUUGGCUCUUCCUGCAGACUUACAGGCGGCUCGGGCUCUGGUGGUGGUGUCCAUCAUCGUGGGUGUCCUUGCACUCUUUGUCGCUAUAGUGGGGGCCAAGUGCACUAACUGCAUUGAGGAUGAAGGAGCCAAAGCCCGUGUGAUGAUCAGCUCUGGUGCCGCUUUCAUAACAGCCGCGGUCAUGCAGCUUAUUCCUGUGUCCUGGUCAGCGCACACUGUUAUUAUGGAGUUCUACAGUCCAGUUAUUCCAGAAGCUCAGAAGAUGGAAAUAGGGGCCAUGUCGAUGGGAAUGGAGAUAGGGGGCAUAGCCCUGGGUAUUAUCGGUUGGAUCAUUAGUAUUAUCACUUGCGCUAUUCCAAUGUGGCGUGUCUCAGCCUUUGUUGGCGCAAACAUCAUCACGGCACAAGUCAUCUGGGAGGGUUUAUGGAUGAAUUGUGUAGUACAGAGCACCGGACAGAUGCAGUGCAAGGUCUAUGACUCCAUGCUGGCUCUAUCGCAAGACCUUCAGGCUUCCAGAGCCAUGUCGGUCAUUGCCAUCAUCUUGGCCAUCCUGGGCGUGUUGAUCUCAAUCAUGGGCGCCAAAUGCACCAACUGCAUCGAGGAUGAAGCCUCCAAGGCUAAAGUGAUGAUCGUCUCUGGUGUGAUGUUCAUUGUUGCCGGCAUCCUGGAGCUCGUUCCGGUUGCCUGGGUGGCAAACCAAACUAUUCGCGACUUCUACAACCCCAUACUGAACGCUGCUCAGCAAAGAGAGCUUGGGGCAUCCAUCUACAUAGGGUUUGCCGCUGCUGCUCUGUUAAUAAUUGGAGGAGCAAUGCUGUGCUGCACCUGUCCUCCAAAGGAGAAGCGCAUGCCACCAAGAAUGGGCUACUCUGUUCCACGCUCCACCAAUGGUGGAUACGACAAGAAGGACUAUGUUUAAAAAAAAUUUCUUGUAGAAAAAUUUAAACAAAGAAGAAUUAGAAGGAUAUGAAGAUCUCACAGAAAGGGUUGAGAUACUUCUGAAAGGACUCCGCAAUGAAGGGUCAUAUGAUGCUGUCAAUAUUUGCUUUUCAUCUGUUUAUGAGUGGCAGGUGUGUGUGUUAAGGGCUGGUUCCGUAGGUUUAGCUGUCAGGGAUUUUUGUGUUUAUACAUUUCAUGUUUUUAAUACGCUUGUUUAAAUUUUCCUGUUUUGUUGUUCAGCUGUUCUUUUGUAUGUGUCUGUGUGUCAUUUGAUACCCAAAGGGCAAAAUUAGUCAAAAUGUAUUCUUUGUUCUUUUUAAGCAAAUAUAAAUAGGCAGAUUAUAUGGAUAUUAUAUGUAAGAGAGCGAGACAUUUUUUUUAGAAAAACAGUCGCUGCUUCAGUCUGAUGGCUUUUUUUUAUCACUUAUGUAUUUUUACAGGAAGAGGAAGGCUUUACUCUUUACAUGCAUUUGCUUAUGAAAAUUUCACUGGACAAAGACACUGAAUAUGUAUUUUGUUUUGUUUUUGCUUUUAGAUUUCAGUUUUUGAAGUUGUAUGUCAUCACCUUUCUAUAUAGUUUACUUAAAACCUUUUUUUUUUAUUAUCCAUUGAUAUUUUUACAGAGUUAAAAGACAUUUGUCAAGUGUAUUUCCUAGAUAACCCUUUAAGUACUGUGACUUAUAUUAAUACAUCGCGUUGCUUUUAUAUUAUUAAAAUUAAAUGUGCAGAAAAGAUAAAUAGUACAAUAGCUGGUAUAUAAGACAAACGGUCAGUUGAAUCACACAAUAGACUGAUGGAGUGGUUGUACCUGUUCGGCCCAUUGUUGUACAUUUGGGGCAGUAAUGUGAAUACAUAUUCUGAGAGCGACCACUCAAUUUACAAACCUUAGGCAAGCUAUAGUUGUUUGCUAUAGGUGGUGACAGACGGAUCCGACCAAAACCGGUCUGAAUAACUGGAAAGGGCAAGAAAAUUUAUAAGGCACAAAAUGUUUCGUUUACCAUAUGCAUAUACUAAAUGUCUGUAACUAAGUUUAUUGUAAAUUCAACAAAACUGCAA